UGAGUCCACCCAACUCGCCUUUGUACUCUGUAGAGUGUAGGAGGAGAAAGCGAGGGGAAAAACGCUGAUACUACACUAGUCGUAGGUUUGUGACAUGUUUUGUUAAUGUUUUCUUUUUUUGUGUAAAUCAAAGCUUCAAACAUGGCAAUGGCAAGAGGUAUCGUUAGGAGGAUGAGGAAUACGGUUGGUGCUGUUCUUCUACUACGCUCUUCAACAACAACAACUCAUUCACACUCCUUCCAUUUUUAUAAAGAUUCUCUCUCUCCAUUGGAAUCCCACCUUUGUUCCUUCUCCUCUACUUUCCUUCGCUCCUUCUCUCACCAUUUCCCAGAUGAGACAACUGAUGAAGGUGCAAGCACAGAUGGAUGGGAAGAGGAAGAUGAGGUUGAACCCAAGAUUGGUGAUGGGGGUGAUGGUGGUGGAGUUGCCUUGCAAAAUGUUCCUUGGGGUCAGCGAGCUCUCUCUAUUGCUGAGGAGGUGCUUAUGCAGUUCAGUGAGGACAUCAAACUCUUUGCUUUCAAGACAACUCCUCGUGGAUAUGUUUAUGUGAGAUUGGACAAAUUAACUCAUGAAUAUGGGUGUCCAAGCAUGGAAGAGCUUGAAUGCUACAAUCAGAAAUACAAGACAAGAUUAGAUGAAGUUGGAGCGCUAGGAGAGAUACCUGAUGAUUUGGCUCUUGAGGUUUCAUCCCCAGGUGCCGAGAGGCUACUAAAAGUGCCAGAUGAUAUUAGUCGAUUCAAAGACUUGCCUAUGAGAGUCUGUUAUACAGAAAAUAUAGAGUCCAAUUGCCCAGAAAAGGAUGGAGUUUUCUUGUUAGAUUCUAUAGAAAAUGACUCAGAGAUGUGUGUGUGGAAGUUGGCAGACGUUAAAGAGAAUAGAGAUCCCCUUAAAAAAGGCAGACCUUUAAGUCGUAAACAGAAGGAUUGGAGAUUACAACUGCCAUUUAACUUGCAUAGAAUGGUAACACUGUACCUUGAAUAAUUGUAAAAUCUAUUGUUAUUUUGAUUCAGGAACAUGGAUUUUCUUUCUGUCUCUCUUCCCUUCCCCCUUUUGCCUACCUAUAUUUUCUUGACUAGAUAUGAUAUGUGGAAGUAGUUUAAGAAAAGAUAUUUUUUUUUUAAGUUUUAGUAGUGGGCUCGGUACCAGGUUUUGUUCUGGUUUUCAAAAUUUUAGAUGCAAUUUGAGUAUAAUUAGCUGCUUCUUUGGA